AUGCCUCUUCCCAUCCUCGCUCAAGCACUGUUCGAGGGCAUAUCCUCUAUACCUGCGGGAUGGACGAUAGUCAAAGUCGUACCAAGCCUUCUUCUCCUUUACAUUCUAAAACGGUUCUUCAAUGGCACAGCCAACACCUCCGAGCGGAAUAUGCAUUCGAAAGUGGUCAUCAUAACAGGAGGAACUUCUGGUAUAGGCGCUGAAGUUGCCAAAGAGCUCGCGUCUCGCGGUGCCCAACUUGUUCUACUAACCCAACACCCACUCUCCGACCCAUUUCUAGUCGACUAUAUAAUGGAUCUACGAACCUCCACAAAUAACGAGUUAAUCACGGCUGAGCACGUUGACCUCUCCUCCCUCCAUUCCAUCCGUGUAUUUGCGACAAAAUGGGUGGAUAAUGCGCCACCCAGACGUUUGGAUAUGAUUGUCUUGUGUGCGAAUACCUUGACGCCGCCGGGUGGGAAACCGAGUGUAACCGACGAUGGGCUGGAGGGCAAUUGGGGACUAAAUUAUAUGGCGAAUUUCCAUUUACUGAGUAUCUUGAGUCCAGCGUUGAGAGCGCAACCGCCAGAUCGGGAUGUUAGGGUUAUAUUUGGGACAUGUAGUAGUUACAUGGCGGGUUCGUUACCUGGUAUUGACUCCCCAUCGGCCGCAUCCAGGUCCAACAAGGAGAAAAAGAGAGAGAAGAAGGACGGGAAGAAAGAAGCCACCACAAUUGCAUUCACCCCUAGCCAAGUCCACGCAACCUCUAAAUUUGCCCUCAUGACCUUCGCGCUCGCCUUCCAAAAACACCUGUCCUCCUACGUCCGCCCAGAUAAAAACCCUAUGAACGCACGCGUCAUCCUCGUCGAUCCAGGCUUCACACGUACCCCUGGUAUGCGGCGCUAUCUCUCUUGUGGUAGUCUCUGGGGUCUGGCGCUCUACCUCAUCCUCUGGCCUUUUUGGUGGCUUGUUCUUAAGAGCCCAGAGUAUGGCGCGCAGACGUUUCUGUAUGCGGCAAUGGAGGCGAAGUACGGAAGGGGCGAGGGAGGCGUGUUUUUGAAGGAAUGUAGGGAGAUUGGAUUUGUGAGGAAAGAGGUAGAGGAUGAGGGAAUGCAGAAGAGGCUGUGGGAGGAGAGUGAGAGAACGGUGCAGGUUUUGGAGAAGGAGGGUGCGAUCAAGAGGGUGAAGCAAAAGAAAGGAGGAGAGACGGCUGGGAAAGCUGCGGUUGGGAAUGAGGGACCGAAGCAGAGGAAGGGGAAAUGA